AUGACAGACCGUUACAGUCGACGAUCUGCUCGCUCCCGAUCACCGCCGGUCUUCAACCCAGCGCGUGUAUCUCUUCCUAUCAACAUAAGUGGUCAACCCACUUCCGACACGCAUAUCCACGCUGUUCCUACACCACGCCGGGAAGCUGUCAACAACUCAAACAGAUCUACUAGUGCUACCACUAAUAGUAACGCUAGUACUAUCACUACGACUUACAAAAUUAAGACAGAACCAUCACGCAGUAGUAGCGCACGUGAAAACGGUCGUGUGCGUCGGUCAACCGUAGAUAAUCAUAGUCGACCUAUCACGGUUACUGUGACCCCAAGUCAUCGAUCUUCUGCCCAUAUAACUAACACCACUCGUUCAGACAGUAUAAAUUGGUCAGGUGAUGAAGAUUAUACUGGGAUAUCUACAUCGUCUCGAUAUGGAUAUCAUCAUCCUCGGGAGCGUCAGAUUUCUCACAUAGAACCAGCCGACGUGAGGGGCAUUGAAAGUGACCGUGAUAGUACAAGGUUACGAAUAUUACCUCCCCGAGAAACCCACUACGCGAACUCAAGAGUACAACCCGUCUACAAUACUUCGGCAGUUAGACAUCCUGACACCGUUGCAGACGACUACGAAGAAGACGGAUACGGCUAUACUAAUCCCCGGGAUCUUGUUCAGUAUGACUUGGACCAUACUUACCAACGUCAUGAAGUUGAUCGCACUAGUUCCGAGAAAGGUCGAAAACAAAGACCGAACAGUAUCAGUGCUUACGGUGAAUUGAUUCCCCAAAAGCCUCAUGAAUCGAGAGAACGAGGGCCCCCGCCAUCCACUCGAGGCUUUGGUAAGAUUAGGGUUGAGGCUACAGAGCCAUCACAAUCUCGAGGGAUACCAACAAAUGUGCGCCCGUCCAUCGAGUCCUCUAAUAGACCUGUCAAUUUAAUACAAAGUGAUGUCCCAAGCCAACACAGAAACCUACCCUUUUAUGAGCGCGAGACUCGAGCAGGACUUCGAGACGAGUCCUACGAACCACGAGAGAAUCAUCCAAAAGAGAGAACCUACCACGAUCGCUACGAUGAAACUAUAGAGAAAAAAACUUCUGGGGGUCGUGCAGAUAGACCUGAGACUUCCGAAAGAUUAGAAAGAGCAGAGCGAAUUGAUCGGGCAGAAUCAGAACAUAAGGAACACCGGGAGUACAGAGGAAGAGAUGUCAUUGCUACAGGUUUAGGAAUCGCUGGGGCAGCUCUCGGCAUAAGUGCGGUGCGAAACGCCAGUCGCGAUGAAACUAGACAUCGCGAGGAAGAAAGACGGCGAAAGGAGAGCAAAGACACUAGCCGACGGCAGAAAAACUGGAACAAUACGGAAUCAGCUGAUACAAGUACCAGAGAUUCUAAAGAACACCGAACGCGGCACGAUGAUACAUCACCACGAAAUGUAAAGUCAACUAGAGAAACUAAUUCCCGCGAGAGAGACGACAAAGAAGCGAGAUCUCGAGCGGUAGAUUCUAUUGAUCAAAAUGGCCGGGAACUAAAGGAUCGCAAGAAUACAACGGAAGAGUGGGACACUGAAACUGAACGCCGAGAUUCCCGGAGACACCGUGCAAAACCUAGUCCUCCAGGCGGUUCGGGUUCCGAUGACACAACUUCUCGAGGCCGACGUGAGCGCCUCAAAAAGGAAAAUCAUCAUGUAUCUAGUGUUGGCUUUAAUCCAAAGGAUACGACAGAUAUCAAAGCUGUUAAGCAAGCCCUUUGUUCAAAAGCAGCAGAGUCUAAAACAGCUACCACUCGGUCAUCCAAAGACCCUAGAGAUACUACUGAGAUACGUAUCACAAUAGUGAAUGACCGAGAGCGUGAAGAGCGCGAACGUGAAUCCACUGUCUUGACUGAAAAUAAAACACCUCGUGUUGUCUCACCACCACGAGAGAAAGUCGAGGAGAAGCCGGUAAAAGGUAUUCUUCGACCGCCCCGCGAAAAAUUCCCGGAAGACCCAGCACCAAUCCGCGAAGGUGUUGCUCCGCUCAAAGAUACCAAAAAAGAAGGUAUUCCGCCUGAUGCCCGGUGGACUAAGAUUAGUCGACGUCUCGUGAACCCCGAAGCUUUGGAGGCAGGUAAGGAGCGCUUUGAAGCCCGUGAUGACUUUGUUAUUGUACUUCGGGUCUUGAGCAAGGAAGAGGUACAGAAAUACGCAGAUCUUACCCAGAAAAUUAGAGCCUCUCAUGAAGAACAGGACCUUCAAAUUUCUCAACAGCAUUCAACCCGAAAAGCACGGCGCGAAAAUCACAAAUCUGAGCGCACAAACUCUCGAGAGCCUCGUCGUCAUCAUCAAGCGCGUGAUGCGUAUUCGGACUCUGAUGAUUCCAUAAUCAAUGAGGACGACACUGGCGACUGGACCAAGGAUAGACCACAGUUAUACGAAGGUUCUUCACGCAAGAAGUAUAGCCUGCCUAUUCCUGUCGCCAGCGAUGGAAUAAGUGAUUUGUCGAAAAAUUCUUCUCGCUUGGGUCUCGAACCUGAUGGCUCACAGGACGCCCGAAUGCCUGUUCCCCCCUACCCAACGUAUACGCGAGGGCCACUUGUAACUAUCCCUACCCCUGUUCCCAUGCCGCAUACCUACUACGGCUAG